AUGUCAGAACGACUCAUUAUCACUCGCCCACACUACUUCACUGACACUAAGAGCAAUUGUGGCUACUGUAGUGGCCAAAAAGAACGAAAUGAGGACUAUUACUGCUUGGAUUCGUGGUACGCCGCCAGUACCGGAUCGAAUAUCGAGAAUUGCACUAUGGGUUUUCAAGCGGAGUUGAUGUCAGUUGAGAUAUAUGGCAGGUUGUGCGAUAUGGGUUACAGAAGAUCUGGGAAGUUUCUCUAUAAAGUCGAUAUGGUCAGGAACUGUUGCCGUCUUUAUACAAUAAGAACCACCCCAGACCAAGUCAGCAUUACAAAAGAAUUCAAGAGCACUUUGAAAAGAUUCAGGAAACAAAUUAAACCUUCUGGAGAUGGUAAACGACAUGACGGCGGACCUUUUAACUAUAUUCGUGAGGUUUUGGAGACAGAAACAUCUGCCAAAGACUUCAAGACAUGCUUCGAGCCUGCAGUAUUUACUGACGAGAAAUACACCUUAUUUGCAAAGUAUCAAGAGCAUGUACACAACGAUUUCAAGCAUAAUGCAAAGUCUUUUAAAAGGUUUCUAUGUGAUUCGCCAUUUUCGAAAGAAACGAUUUUGGGCACCAAGGAAGAAUGGGAUCAGCUUAAUAAUUGGAAAGUUAUGGCUCCAGGCGAGAAACUAAAAAGACAGGGACCAGCACAUGAAUGUUAUUAUUAUAAAGAUGAACUCAUAGCGAUAGCGGUGACAGAUUUCUUGCCUUCGGGGAUCUCUUCUGUGUAUUUUAUCUGGGAUCCCGAAUACCACAGAUGGUCGCUGGGCAAACUUAGUGCUCUACGAGAGCUUUGUAUUACGAGCAAGACAAAUUUGGAUUUUUACUAUAUGGGCUACUAUAUCGAUGACUGUCCCAAGAUGAACUACAAAGCGAAAUACGGCGGUGAACUGCUCGACGUUUGUACCCAGCGUUACGUACCGCUAGUACGAUUGAACGAAUUGAAAUCUCCUGGAAAGUUAUUUACGGUAGAAGAGCACCCUGCUAAGGCGGAAGGAGAGCUUCCGUUGAAUAAAGCACUGGCCCAUCCCGUUGGUCGUUUAGAUGGUGCUGAACGUUUGGAAAAUACUGUUGAGAAAAUAUAUGGCCCCAAUGGUGGUGCUUACCAGGAUGCCAUUGAUUCGGCUAAAGCUUUGUCGCGCAUUGGUAUCCCGUACGCUGUUGAUGAGAGGCCAUUUGGUAUGGCGGAGAGUAAGCAUAAAGAUGACGAGACUUACGUGAUUCCCAAUGUGGUCCCAGGACUGGUUCCUUUGAAAGAGAUUUUAGAGAUGGUCUUGCACGGCGAUAUCAAUAGUUUACAAAAUAAUGUCACAUUCUUUGACAUGUAUGAAGGUAACAUAAGGCAGUUACAGAGUUUUUCGAACGAGUCGCCAGAAAUUAAAAGAACACUUUGCGAUGUGAUCAGACUCAUUGGAUUAGAAAAUACGAAGGGCGUCCUCUUGCUGCUUUGA